AUGGACUCUGACUUCGCCGACAUUCCCGCCCAGGUGCAAACCAUCGCCACACCAAUAAACCUCAUUCUUGCCUCCCUCUUUGUCGUUGUCGUCUACCUUCAGUUCCGUCCCAAGAAGCCGGUGGUCCUCCCCAAAGGCCCCGCGCCCGUCGUUUUCCGCACAUUUACGCCGUCGACGUUGUUGCCCUUCAAUGGCGUCGAUGGCGCACCUGUUUAUCUAGCUGUGCGGGGCAGAGUGUUCGAUGUUACUCCGGGACGACACUUUUACGGACCGGGCGGAGCAUACGAGAACUUUGCCGGCCGCGACGCUACUCGCGGUCUCGCAUGCCAGAGCUUCGAUGAAGAGAUGCUCACCAAGGAUCUCAAGGGUCCCCUCGACGAUCUCAAGGGUCUCGAUGACGAGCAGUUGGAGAACUUGCAGGGCUGGGAAGAGCGAUUCUUGGAGAAGUAUUUGAUUGUUGGAAAGCUUGUUGCGGAGGGUGAUCCAGAGGCUCCAAAGUCUUAA